UCGUCCAUUGAUUCUCUUGCCCGACAGGUGGUUCCCUAGGCCCUGAUUCAUCCCCGAACUUGCUGAACGAUGGUCGAUUACUACAAAGUGCUCGAAGUACAGCGGACCGUUAGCAGCGCUGACAUCAAAAAGGCGUAUAGAAAGUUGGCGUUGAAAUGGCACCCGGACAAGAAUCCAAAUAACUUUCAAGAGGCGAAUGAAAGAUUCAAGGAGAUUUCGGAGGCAUACGAAGUCCUGAGCGACGGUAGGUUUACGCCGUAGGCACGUUGCCGAGACAAUGA